AUGGAGCUUUGGCUAGAGAAGGGUUGUAAUGGAGGCGGGAUGAGAGGAGGAGAUCGAGAUGGCAUGGCUUUUAGGGUUUCAAAGAGGAUGAUGCCGACUAAUGUCAAAGCAUCAUCAAGUAGGUUGAUCAUGAGCUAUGGAAAGACUACCACCUCCGAUCAUGGGAGAUUGGUAGUGGCUUGUAGAGGUGUUUGUGUGGUCGGUGAGUUUAGGUUUGGAAAGAUUAUGGAUGAUGGUGGAGAUUUAGUCGAAGGGUGA